ACUGUUUGGUUCGGCUAUUUCUGACUGUAGUUUCGUAUUUUAUUAGAAGAAAAUAAUGUCUUUUAAAGGUGAUUUACGCCAAUUAUUGAAGCCAUACUAUUGGGUCAAUAUCCUGUUGAGCAUUUCCUAUGUUUUGUGUAAGCGUACAGCUAUUAUUUGUAAUUUCUUGUUCCCUAAUGCGGAUUGUGAAUUAGAUAGCCGUGAAACGGAAAUUCUCUUUUUCCUAAUAAUAGUGGUUAUGUUAAGGACGAGGAAGGCCGGUAGUGUUACUAUGGUGAAUUAUCUUUCGUCUUCUUUUGUGUAUACCAAGAUUGCGAACCUUAUACUUUGGUUAUAUGCGGAUAUAAGAUAUGGUCUCCCUUAUGGUGCUUUAGUCAUUCUCGCUGCCCUGCUGCUGCCGGAGCCGACGUACCUCGGUCCCGAACACGUGACCUACUUCCGCGGACCACAGACUCUCGACGAGGAACUUAAGAAGAAUAAAGGCACGACGUGGUUGAUUUGCUUGUACGCGGCGUGGCACCCUGCUUGCGUGAAUUUCGCUCCAGUCUUCGCCGAGCUCUCCGCUUCGUACAGCUUAGACAACUUAAAGUUUGGAAAACUCGAUGUUGGCAGGUACCCUGAGGCGGCGGCUAAAUAUCGCGUACAAGACGGUCCGGCUAGCAGGCAGCUACCCACUGUGCUCAUGUUGUCAGCGGAUACUGAACACGCACGGAGACCACAAGCGGAUCGCACUGGAAAACUACAGAAAUUUUUAUUCUCCAAAGACAACAUGAAAGCAGCAUUCGAUUUAGACGGCCUCUAUGAAGAAUGCAAAGAGAAGUUGGCCGCUACAAAGAGUAACAAGAAAACUGAUUAAAUUUAGUGCCAUAGUAAAGUCAUUGCAAUUUCACAUUAUUUACUACAAAGGCAUUGACGACAUGACAAUUAUUAUAUGUAUUUUGCUACCCUGAGUAGUAAAUGAUAAAGCUUCAAAAUUCAUAAAAACUAAGUACCAAACUAUUAUUAUUCUUACAAGUAAGCAUAACACCAGACUAUAUUAUAAUAGAAAGGCGAAAACACAAAAGAAAAUUAGGAACAAAGAUAAAUGUAAACAAGUGUAUUGCGAAGAUAAAACUUAAUAACCUUUUGAGUCGCAAUGAGAACCAAAGUUCAAGACCAAAAAGAUAAUAAGCACACAAGAUUAGCAAGCAGCAGCUGAUGCCAUAUGGGUCGUCUAGCCAACGUCCUCUAAAGCAGCCUUUUCCAAAGUGACCGAUGGCGCCCCCUAUUGGGCGUUGUACACCUACAGGGGGCGGUAAGAAACCAAGAAAAAAUAGGGGCGCUGUGUAGAGGCUUAAGGGGAGGUUUGUAAUUUCAUCUCUUUGACGCCGACAGAGCUCUCGACUCUCCGCUACAACUUAUAAACAUCAACAUAAUAAUUAAGAGAUUUCUCAAACUAAUAACAAACUGGUCAAUAUUUCUCUCCAUGUAGUUGAUAUAAGUAUAUCUGCCCUGUUUUAUUGAAUAAUAAUGAUGUCAUCCGGUCGCACUGUUUUCAAGUCUCGUUUAGAAUGAAGGUUUAAUCUCCACUAAUAUAGCUCCCAAUAAUUAAUUGAAUUCAAUUUGAAGUUAUAGUGGCUUUUAAGACGUUGAAAAAAUUAGGGCGGUAAAAAAUAAUCUAUUUUCAAAGUUGGCAGUAGACGAAAUAAGUUUGGGAAACCCUGCUCUGGAGUAUACAAAGGAAGGAACUAGAUGAAAGAAUCUGAAGACGGCAAAAUGACAAGAAUAGCUUACGUCCAGUGGUCUGCUGCUUUAAAGCGUUAAUUAUGUUGUUAUAGUAGAAUACAUCUGCUGUCUUUAAUACCCACUAAUACGUCCUUGACCGUCGUGCUGGGUCACGGCUCUGUCUUCCUAUUCGAAUCCAUCUAUAGGGCCUAUCCAUCAGUAGGCUGGCGACGAUGAUGAUAGAAGAAUGUGUUGCAACGCAUUUCAAUGUUUAAUGGAAUGUUUUAUAAUAAAUAUACUCAAGUGCCAUAGACCCUGUUGAGGACACCAUAGGAACUGGCAGUUUGGGGAAGAAAUAGGAAAUACAUCUGUAAAAAAUACAAUAGAAAACGAAAGCUAAGAUUCUAACGGUGAUGAAGCAGCAAUGACAAGAAUUGACUUAUACAAAUAUAUGGUUUGUCUCUAUCUAACAGGCCCUUUCAGCCCUGCGAUUCUGUAAAAAUCCUAACCCGAAUUCGAAUUCACUCAGGGUGUCAGAAUUCAUCUGCUCAACUUUGAAUAGGGAAUAUGCACAUUUUUGGAAAAUCUUUUUAUAUGAUAAUUUACAUCGAUAUAUAACUGUAAAAAAAUACCCGGCACCGAAAAAAUAAAAUGUAACAUUAAUUAUUGAUGAAAAUAAGUAAUAUCUACGAGCAGUUUAAACACCGGUAUUUUUGGCGCGCUCGUCGUGACGUCAAAGUACACGACUAGAGAUAUGACACUAAAUCAAUAUGGAUUUUUAGUGAGUGAUAAUUAUUCAAUUACCCAAAUCAAUUAACAACUAACCGAUUUUUUAAGUAUAAUAGACUUUUUUAAUAAAUCAUAUAAUUUACCAAAUAGGUGAAAUAAAAACAAAAGCCUAAAAAAUCAUUUAAAUUGUAAUCAGUUGUGUAUUUUGCGAUAUUGAUGUUAUUGCAUCGAUGUUAACUUUUUGUAACAACGACAUCCCUAUACGUGUACAUUUUCUUCACAUCCGCUGUGACAAGUAGCAUGGCGUUUAAAUAUUUUAAAGUUACCGCAUUUAUUUUGCACUUUUUAAUAAUGAAAAAUAUUUAGAUAGACUUUAUUCUAAAGCAAUAACGAUUGUAAUAAAAUAUAUUUAACCGUUUUUUGAAUCGGACGCGUAUUCCCUAUUGGUAAUAACGUUUCGUGGCAUAAGUGAAGUGAGUUUCGAAAUCACAUAGGAAUAGAAUAAUCUGAGGUACUUAAUUCAACCAAUUUUGUUUUGUUUAUUUUUAUACAAAAAAUGGAAUCAAUAGAAUUUCUUCACUUAAUUACGUGAAUUCGGGCACAUGAGUGCAUUCGAAUUCGGGUCUGAUUUUUACAGAAUUGCAGAGCUGAUUAGAAUGUCAGAUUCUCGAAAUGUCAUAUCUCUUAUAUUGUUAACCAAUCUGUGUACAUAUUCAAGACACCCAUCAUGAUAGUAGAUUGGCUAUUUCGAAAAUUUUACAUUUGGUAAAUGGACAUUUUUAAAUGGCACCGGGGAAAAAAUUGGAAAAUUUCUGACAAGGAUAGAACCGUGUGAUCAGGAGCUUUCUCAAAUUAGAUUUUAAAAUUUACGCUAUAGCUAUGAUUUUUUUGUAAAUACGGACAGUUUUAUUUCGUGAAUCUAAAACAUAAUCGAUCUGAUUUACUUAUAGGAAUCUAUAUACAUAUUUUUAAACUUCGUUCAAUAUAUUAACAUUGUGUUCAUUAUUUAUUGAUUUUGUAGAUUGUUUUUGUUAAUAAAUGAUCUUUAU